UUUGACAACAUCUAUCUGUACAUUACCUGAAGACAGAAGAGAGAAAAUAAAGACAAAGAAAAUGGUUGGCACAACUUUGGGACCUCAAGAUCAGACCAAAGGAAACUUACCAAACAAUAAAAUCUUCGGGAUAUGCAUAUAUUUCGUCAUCUUAGUCGUAGGAGGCAUUGGAAAUGGACUUGUCAUCUUUGUGACUGGCUACAAAAUGAAGAGGACAGUCAACUCCAUUUGGUUUCUCAACUUGGCGAUUGCAGAUUUUCUCUUAAUUACAAUCUUGGUUUACGAAAUUGUUGUUGCCUUUGACAGUAGUUUACCCUUGAACAAACACAUCAGUGCAUGUAUGAAUUUUAUUUAUGCACUAAAUAUGUUUGCAAGUGUUUUCUUUCUGACAGUUAUCAGUGUGGAUCGAUGUCUGUGCACAUGGUUUGUUGUUUGGGUUCAGAACAAACGAACUUUAGUCAAAGCCAAGAUCAUCAGUGUAUUUGUGUGGAUUUUAUCCAUCUGCUGCAGCUUCCCUAUUGGCAUUGCUGAGUAUGUACAUAACAAAGAAAAUUAUAGCAAUGUCUAUAUGCCUCAGUACACAUUCAGGCUCAUUGUUGGAUUUGUAAUUCCCUUUAUAAUCAUUGCAUCUUCCUACAUAGCUAUUGGUGUGCGGGUAAAACGUCUCAAAAUAGGAAAACAGCUUCGUCCUUACCGGAUCAUAUCUGUGAUUUUGGCUUUUUUCAUAUGCUGGUUUCCUCUUCAUGUUCUCAGUUUGUGUUUCAUAAGUGCUGUGAAGUAUAACUGGAGUGACAGUGCCAGAGAGAAACUUAAGACUGCAUAUCCUUUUGUAAACUGUCUGGCUUAUCUUAACAGUUGUCUGAACCCCAUUCUCUAUGUGUUCAUGUGUGAUGAGUAUAAGAAGAAACUUAAAAAGUCUCUCCUGCUGGUGUUUGAGGGGGCUUUUACAGAAGAGCAUCUGAGUUUAAGAUCAACUCCACUUCCUCACAACUCUCAAUGUCAGCAGGUAGUAAAUGUACAGACAGAAAAAACAACCAUCUGAUCCUUUGCUGACAGCAAGAGAACAAAACAAUUUUGAGCUUCAGUCUUUAGAUGAUUGGGGACAUAAAUUUGUAAUUUGGAAAUAAAG